AUGGGACACGAAGGUGGCCAUGGCAAGCACGAUGAUUCCAAACAGACACAAGACGGUGAACAGGCCGGAGCCGGCGAGCUGGGCCUGGAUUGCCUCUGCGAUGGUGCGCAGCAGCCCCGACACGGUGACGGCUUUUCCGAGCGCAAGCCCGCCCAUGGCGAGCAUGACGAUUGUCCAGGGGUAAUUGUUGAAGUCUUCGGGGAGCAGCACGCCCGGGGCGUAGAAUGCCACCAUGGAGGCCACGGCGAUCAUGCCCAUGUCCCCAAUAAGGUGUUCAAAGAACGAGGCGCCGCACCACAGGAUGAUGGUGACCAGCGACACCACAAGCACAUAACAAAUAUGAGCAGUAGAGCACACGUACAGACCGGCAAGGAAACACCGAACCACUUGAGCCAGUUGGGAUCAGGGUCCAUGCUCUGGAGUGCAACGACGUUCUGUGGACUGGCGAUGGGGCUGGCCAUGCCGGCGACGUUGGACGCGAGCGCAAUUCCAAUCACCAGAGCCUGUGCGAACUGCGAGCCUUCCGGUAGCGUGUUGAGCACCGGUUGCACGACAGAGUACAUGAGCACCGGGGCGGCCACGUUGGACACGAACGCUGACAGAACGGUCGACACGCACAUGAUGGACAGCAGCACGUAG